AUGGACAAUAGCAAUGUUAUCCCGCAAAAUGUAGCUUCCCAGCCUUUUGAUGAGGAAAUUCAGGCUAUUGAGCAAAAUCGUCCCAAGCGGGCAGCCCAUAUCGAUGGCGCCCAAAUUGGGACCUUGCGAAUUUGCUUCAUCAUGGCAGGCCUGUGGACUUGCCUCUUUCUCUCCGCACUAGAGACCACGAUCGUUUCAACGGCUCUUCAGACAAUAUCAAGUGAUUUGCAGGAUCUAUCCAAGUCAACAUGGAUUGUCGUCGCCUAUCUCCUCACCUACAAUGGAUUCUUAAUUCUCUUUUCCAAGUUGACCGAUAUUUUUGGACAAAAGAGCUUGCUUAUUAUGGCACAAUGCAUCUUUCUUGUCUUCUCAAUGGCUUGCGGUGCCGCCCAGACAAUGACACAGCUCAUCAUAUUUCGUGCUCUGCAGGGAAUCGGUGGCUCCGGCAUAUACUCAAUCGUCUUCGUCAUCAUCGGCAAAAUCGGGACUGUUGAGAAGAUGCCACUCUAUAUGGGAGCCAUGACUUCAGUGUUUGCUAUAGCGAGCCUCUUGGGUCCGAUCCUUGGGGGUGCAAUCGUUGACCACACUACAUGGCGAUGGGUCUUCUUCCUUAACGGUCCUGGAGUUGCAAUUUCCUUGCUAAUUCUUGUCCCUGCAAUCCCAAAUCUAGGCGAGAAGAUGAUCGAGAAAGAGAAAUUGAGGCGCAUCGAUGUAAUCGGUGGACUUUUAUCUCUCGCUUGGCCUAUUCUACUGAUCUUCGCGCUAGAAGAGGGUGGACAAGCAUACCCGUGGAAAAGCAGCGUUAUAAUUGGGACUCUCGUCGGGAGUGGAGUUGGCAUUUUUGUCUUCGGCAUCUAUGAACAACACGUUCAGAAACAAGCGAAGCAAGAGCCAAUGCUUCCUAUCGGUCUUCUCAAGAUUCCGGCUCUCUGCCUUAAAAUCAUAAUCAUGUUCACAAUGGGUGGUUGCUUCUAUGCGGCGAUAAUACUUCUCCCCCAACGAUUCCAGGCUGUCAAUGGAAUCUCUGCAGAGAGAGCUGGGAUUAAUCUCCUCCCUUUCACUAUCGUGUCACCAGUCUUCUCGGGGCUUUGCGGUGUCCUUCUUGCCAAAUACCAAAAGAGUGUCGGGCCUGUGCUGUUUAUAUCGUCGGUUUUCACGGUCGUCGGAAUAGCCAUGCUCGGUACACUCUCGAGCGAUACUUCUGGUCUUGAACCAAAAGUUUAUGGGUUUGAGCUUAUUCUAGCUAUAGGCUUAGGCCUCAUGAUGCCACCCAUAUUUUUCUUUAUCAAAGUCGAAUACGAUGAUUCAGAUUUCGCUGCGAUCAUGGGUGCAACCAAUACUGCUAGAACGCUAGGCGGCUGUGUCGCCGUUGCCAUAUGCUCUGCCAUUCUGCAUGCUGAUUUGAAAUCCCAUCUCAAUUCAUUCCUCUCCCCAAGUCAGAUUGAGGCUGUCCUCAGCUCGACAUCUGGCGGCUCGACCUUGACCGCGCACGACAAGAUCAAGCUACAGCAAGUUUAUGGUGCAAGUUAUAAUACCCAAUUCCGUGCCUUAUUGGCAUUUGCAGGGCUCAAUCUACUCUCCGCGGCUGUUCUGUUGUUUGAUCGGCGUAGGAAAGCUAGCCGAUCCAAGGGCUGA